AUGAUAGAUCCUCGUUCGAUGCCUGUUGUGUCCGCCAUGUCUAUUCAGAACGCAAUGCUUUAUGACGACGGAGAAUCUCAUCGGCACAGGUCCUCAUCUUGGUCGUUGCGUCGUAUGACAAAUGGAUUAUCAAGAAUCGAGCCGAGAUAUUCCCUACAGUAUCAGACUGAUGAGAACAGCUUCCUACUUCGCUUGAGGAUCGUAGGAGCAUUCUCGUUGGCUAAAAAAGAUAUAUUUGGUGCUAGCGACCCCUAUGUACGCGUGGAGUUGCAGAAAGUCGACGGGGAUGUCACCAUUGAAACGUUUGUCACGAAAACCAAGAAAAAGACGUUGAACCCGACAUGGAAUCAGGAGUUUGUAUUUCGGGUUAAACCUCAAGAGCAUAAACUCCUCAUACAAGUGUUCGACGAGAAUCGUCUCACUCGGGACGACUUCUUAGGCAUGGUCGAGAUUCCCCUUGCUACCAUGAUGACCGAGUCGGCGGCGAGCCCCCGUCCCAACGUCGUUAAGUACCCCUUGCGUCCGCGCAGGUCUGUUGCUCGAUCUCGGGUCCGCGGCCACAUCGAGGUGUACCACGCGCUGGUCGGGCGGGUCGGGGAGACGGAUGAGCCAGCGCCCAAUGAGGAGUGGGAGAUGGUGGAACCAGCACCACAAGUGGGGACUGUUCAACCGACUAUCGGAGGGGAUGCUCUCCCGCCCGGCUGGGAGGAGAGACAAGACGCGAACGGAAGAACAUACUAUGUCAAUCACAUCGAAAGAUCCACACAAUGGGAGAGGCCCACGUUUACUCGUAUGCAAAGUACCGAGUCCCAAGCCGAGCGGAUGGAAACGGCCGUGACGGAGUUCCAGCGCCGGUUCCACAUUUCCGCUGAUGAAGAGCACGCCUCCAGCCCCGCAUCCUCACAGAAUCAUCAGGACAAUAUAAGCAAUAGAAGUGGUGAAACUAACUCGACGGAACCCACGCCGUUUUCAACACCGAUCCGGUCGCCGGCACCGGUACAAAUCCCAGAUCCAGGGGAAGCACCGUCAUAUAGUAUUAGUGAUGAAACCGACUGUGAUAAUAAUUUAAGAAACAAGACUCCACAGGAAGAGGAUGAUGUUGUAUGCGCCAAUCAACUUCAUGACGUUCAGAAUGACAAUGAAAAUGGCGGUCGGAAUGACGCGAAUACUAGUCUAACUAAUGAAAAUGAUGAACAAACUGAGAUAACGAAUGAAGAUAGCGAAGCUACUGACAAUACUAAUGAAGUGACAAUACCAGACGAUGGGAUUGCCAAUAGUAAUACGGCAGAAUCAAAUGUAAUAAACACUGUCACAGACAGUGAGACGACUACUACAAAUGAAACUGUAGCAACGUCUGAAAAUAAUUCUGAAAACAUUGAAAACGCUGCUGAAAGCAUAGAAAGUGACACAGCCAGAAGUUCAAAUGUUCCUGUGAAUGACUCAAAUGUUUCCGAGGAUGAUGUUAUUGUUGCUGAAAAUGAUGAAGUCGUCCCAGUAACAAAUAUAGUUGAAGUUCGGAACGUAGAAUUGGUGACUGAAGACCUAACGUUUGACGAGAAUCAUUUUAGUACGCCUACGGCAGGAACCCCUGAUCGUUCACCGAUGACCAGGAGACGGAGGACCACAGCUAGUUCUUUGGAUGAGUCAGAGGAUGAGACGGAUGGUUCUUCUGAGAGUACACAUAGCAGCAGCGCCAGCAGUACACAGAGUCAAAACUUACCCAAUAGUGAUGGUCUACCACCUGGCUGGAGUAUGCAAAAAGCACCCAACGGCAGGAUUUUCUUCAUCGAUCAUAACCAGAAAACUACUACAUGGAUAGAUCCCAGGACUGGUUGCGCAUCUAGUUUGCCCACAACCGGUCCAACUGCUGGAGGGGUAGAAGCUGAUGAACUGGGAGCGUUGCCUGAGGGGUGGGAGGAGCGAGUGCAUAGUGAUGGCAGAAUCUUCUUUAUUGAUCAUAACACCCGCACGACACAAUGGGAGGACCCGCGAUUAUCCAACCCACAGAUCGCUGGGCCGGCGGUGCCUUACUCGCGCGAUUAUAAACGCAAAUACGAAUACCUCAAGAGUCAACUUCGCAAACCGAGCAAUGUGCCAAACAAAUUCGAAAUAAAAGUGCGGCGUAACUCCAUAUUGGAAGAUUCGUACCGCAUCAUCAGUUCUGUCAGUAGACUGGACUUGCUCAAGACGAAGUUGUGGGUUGAGUUCGAGUCGGAAGUUGGACUUGAUUAUGGUGGUUUGGCCCGAGAAUGGUUCUUCCUCCUAUCCAAGGAGAUGUUCAACCCUUACUACGGCCUGUUCGAGUACUCUGCCAUGGACAACUACACGCUCCAGAUCAAUCCCAACAGCGGGUUGUGCAACGAGGAGCAUCUCAGCUAUUUCAAGUUCAUUGGCAGAGUGGCUGGCAUGGCCGUGUACCAUGGGAAGCUGUUGGAUGCUUUCUUCAUCCGUCCCUUCUACAAGAUGAUGUUAUCAAAACCCAUAGAGCUACAAGACAUGGAGUCGGUCGAUCUCGAAUACUACAAUUCACUCAUGUGGAUUAAGGAGAACGACCCUUCGGAUUUGGACCUAACGUUCGCGUUGGACGAGGAACAGUUCGGUAAGACAAUACCACGAGAGUUGAAGGCCGGUGGAGCCAACGUGCCCGUAGACAACGAGAACAAAGACGAAUAUAUCAAGCUGGUGAUCCAGUGGCGGUUCGUAAAGCGCGUGGAGGAGCAGAUGUUCGCGUUCCUGGACGGGCUGAGCGCGCUGGUGCCGCUGUCGUUGCUCAAGAUCUUCGACGAGCACGAGCUGGAGCUGCUGCUGUGCGGCAUCCAGCACAUCGACGUGCGCGACUGGCGCGCCAACUCGCUCUACAAGGGCGACUACCACGCCAACCACAUCGUCGUGCAGUGGUUCUGGAGGGUGGUCCUGUCGUUCUCGAACGAGAUGCGCUCCCGCUUGCUUCAGUUCGUGACGGGCACCUCCAGGGUACCCAUGAACGGAUUCAAGGAGCUGUACGGGAGCAAUGGACCACAACUGUUCACCAUUGAGAAGUGGGGCUCACCUGAUAACUAUCCCAGAGCUCAUACAUGUUUCAACCGCAUCGACCUCCCCCCAUACGAGAGCUACCAGCAACUUCGCGAGAAGCUCAUCAAAGCCAUAGAGGGGUCCCAGGGCUUCGCCGGCGUCGACUGA